AUGUCGGAAAAGAAAGGAGAGUCAUUGUAGGACUAAAUGAAAAGCCUUUAAGGAGAAAUCAAUAAGUUGCAUUAAGAAAUAGAUUCAAAGAAGAGAGAAAUUACAAAAUUAAAAAAUGACAAUACUUUGAGAUUAGAAAAAAUAAAUUGGGUGUAAGUAUAGGAGAAGGUAAGAAAAAUGUAGAGAGAAAAAAAGGUGCUUGAGUUGAAUGAUUAAACUUUAAGUGUAGGUCAUACAACCGCUAAGCAUUCAACUACUACGAAAGAAGUCUAACCCCAGACAGAGGCAUAAAAACCUCCCUAGUAAGAGAUUUAAUUAGAGAAAAUGCAAAUGCUAGAAUUUUUUAACUAGUAUUUGGAUCAAACAAACAAAUAGAUGGUUAAAUUUUAAACAAAUAGAAAAAAAAAUGGGGAAAAAGACGAAUAUAUCAAUCCAUAUCCCACAAUUAAUAUCAAAUAAACAAUUGAAGGUAUAGAAUAAGGUGAAAGUUCAUCAUUUAGGUUAGAUUAAGAAACAACAUUCUAAAAUCUAAAAGAACUGGCAUUCUACUAUUUGAAUUUGGCUCCAUAUUUAAGAAAAUUUGAUGAAAAGGAUAGUGAAAUUAUGGAUGAUUUAGAGCUAACAGAUGAAAAUCAUUCUAGAAUAGAAUUAAAAGAGAAAGUUAUUGAUUUUUUUACAAAUAGGGGUGUCUCAAAUAUUUCUUAGAUUACGCUACUACUAUAAAAAAAAAAAACUGUGAAGCCAGCAUUGAAUAGCUUAUAGAUAGACAGUAUCAAAAUUAAUGGUGGUAAUAAAGCUGCCAGCUAUUCAGGGGCAUUUACAGUUCAUAAAAAUAGAAUAAAAGCCAUUGAUACAUAUAAUCUAUUUUUUUAAAAGUUUCCAGGAUUAAAAUACUACAUAAGUGAAUUACAAAUUUAAAAAGAGUUCCAGGAGCAAUAGAGAGAAUUUGAAAAAAACAAUGUUGAUAAGGCAUCAGAGUAGAAGUUUGAAUUAGAUGAUAUGAAUUGUCUUAUCUUGAGUUCCAUCAUAGUCAUCUUAAUAUUAACUUUACUUAGCUAUACAGCUUAUUUAAGUCCUUAAUUUGUAAAUCUAAAUUUCACCUUCAUUAAUAAUUUAAUUGGAAUAGGUUCAAAUGGAGAAUAUACUAAAAUAACUACAAUCCCUGAAUUUUAUUAUUAUAUGGAAAACUUUCUUGGGGGAACCAUGUAUAAUUCUGAUAAGGGAGACAAUCCAUUUCGUUCUAAUUAUGAAAUGAUAGGAGGCAUUUAAUUGAGAAUACUUAGAAGUGAUUUGUAUGAAUGCCACAAAUAUGUUAAUGAGUUACAAAAAUAUAGUUGUUUUGAUGUUGUCUAUGAUUCUAGUAAAGCAAAUAAAUCAGACUAUAAAAAUUAUACUUAUUAGACAGCAGAAGAACUAGGAAUCAAAUACUUCCAAAAAGGGAAUUUGACUACUUACACUGAUGGAGGAUAUGUGGUAGAAUUUAAUAGGGAUAUCACUACAGAAGCCUUUUUAGAAAAGAUAAACAAUUUAAGAAGAGAAUAAUUUUUAGAUGCGGCUACGGCUGCUAUCUUCAUUAAUUUUGUAAUUUACAAUCCUAGUAUCAAUUUAUGGAUUUAAGUUAAUUUUUUAUUAGAAAGAAAUGCUCAAAAUAAAUUAACGCCUUACCGAGCAGAAUUAACUGGAUUUAUACCAAAUUUAUAUUAUGGAGAGGAUGGUGAACGUUUAUUUUAGAUUGAUAUAACUAAAUUGAUUAUGGCUUGCAUUUUGUUAGCUUUUGUUGCAUAUAGAUUUUAUAGGAUUAAAAUAAAUACAGGUAAAUUAGGGCCUGCAUUUUUAUAUAUAACAAUGGAAAUCGGAUUUUUCAAUUGUGGAGUUGGAAUUUUAACUAUAAUCUCUGUGGCUAUGUCAUUGUAAUAGUCUUUGUAAGGAUAGGAUCCUUAGGAACUAGUAAAUAAAGCAGAAUUUGUGCAUUUGGAAUUGGAGGCAGAUUUAUAUAAAAAGGCAGAACUAUUUUUAACAAUCAGCAUAAUGUUUUUGUUUUUAAGGCUAUCUUAUAUAUUAAAAUUGAAUGAUAGAGUGGCAAUCAUCUUUUUAACUUAUAGUAAAAGUUUUAAGGAAUUACUUCCAUUUUUGGCUAUAGAGUUUCCUUUAUUUUUGGGAUUUGUUAUGGUCUUUUAAAUUAUUUAUGGAAAUGUAUUUCCUUAAUAUUCCUCAUUUACCUUAGCAAUUGCCAGUUAAUUAACUAUGCAUUAGAUAUAAGGGUAAUUAAAUAUCACACAAUUUGUAAACUAUUCUCCGAUAGUUUCAAUGAUUGUAAUUCUGUUCUACUAUUUCUUUAUGUUAUUCUUCAUUAUUUCAUUAUUUUAAGCAAUCUUGAUAGAAUGCUUUAGAAUUGUUAUUAUGAAGAAUGGAUAUCCCUAAGAUAAAGAAUAAGGACUGUCUAUAGGAGACUUGUUUAGUUGGAUGUUUUCUUGGACAAAGCUAUUUGCCGGUAAAAAGAAUGCUUCACAAGAGAAACAAAAUUUGAAGUAGCAAGACAAGCCUCCUGCGGAUUAAGAAGAAAAGUAGGGAAUAAAUUCUGCUACAGAAAAUUGA